AUGCUACCAAUAGAAAAAGAAAAUUCUAGAGUUGCUACAACUAAACCAUUGGAUGAGCUUUAUACAAACACAUACCAAAAAACAGAUGUUGACUUAGUUCAAGCAGAAGGAUAUCGUUUUGAAUAUCCUCUACGAUGGAUGAGAGACCCAUCUGUCACAAAAGCGGUUGGGUUCAGAAGAAUAAAAUUUCUUCGUCAAACUCAAAACUUUGGUUUCGUUGUAAAGUUUAAUGUAACUAUUUCUGGCUCAACUAACUCUUACACUCGUAUGAUUUCACUAGAUACAAGUGGUAGUUUAGAAAAAACUCUUAUUGACUUUGAAUCUAACUUAAACAAUUUAUACCGACAGAUGGUUAGUAUUAAAAAGGAUUUAAACGAAGGAACAUACUAUGCACAAGUUACAUAUGACAGAAAAACAGGGCAUGUCGAUUUUAUUAGAGUCGAAAAUAAUACAAGUGCUGGUUCUUUGACUACACAGUUUGAAACAUAUUCUUGGGCACUAUUUCUCAUAAUGUUAAACCAAAAUGUGACUAGUAUUCCAGAUAGGUUUAACUUUCAAAACUAUGAUUUAGAACAAAAAUUUGACAACGUCUUUGACCCCGAAAAUACUAUCGUUCAUGCAACUUUCAGUGGAGCUAAAAAUAGUUUCUUAGCAAUGGCAAACGACUUUUAUGAGAAACCGACAAAGUUCUAUGAACCUCCGAGUGGAAGUAUUUCAGACUUUCAAAUAUGGUUUACAACUAACGGUACAAAAAGAGUCGUUCCAUUGUAUUAUAACUUUUAUUUAGAGCUAUCGUUUAUUUACAACUAUUACAAGUCUUUAACGACUAAAGACUAA